UUCUAAUCCCUGUCGCCCGCCAUUCAGGCCGAUCCCGUCUCUUUAAUUCCCUCAAAGCCCCAGCUGGUGCCCAGGCCCUUUACAAACACGAGCUCGCAACAGAUAGCUGGGUCAGCUCGCUCCCUUUUUAUUAAUAAUUCAAACUGCAUGCUUGCUUGUCCAUACGGGCUCCACGGCUCCGGAUACGACCAGACACCCAAUUUAUUUAUUUUGGUAUAUUAUUUUUUUUUCUUAAUCCAACAUUAAUCUUCAAUAAUCUUCUAAAAAAAAAAAAAAAAUACGUGCAUCGUCAUUCGCUUCGGAGGUCCAAUUGUUUUUGUUUGUUUUUCUCCCUCUCCUGUAUUUUUGAGGGAGAAAGUUAGUGGGAAAGGAAGACGAAAGAAAGACGAUCGAAAUUUUGUAAAGCAGAAACUUACAUUUGAAGUUGAGGCGAGAGCCCCUUUUUCUGAAGCCGCGCGACGCUGGUCUGAACCCCGCUCCGCCCUCAACGCGACGUGUUUUCCCCAAAACGAAGGGAGACACCGCCGACCUGGCGAGGAGUGGACCGCGUUCCUCUUCCAGCAAGCCGGGGACUUCAAAUAAAAAGAGACGAUUUGGAUAAUCCGACCUUUUUUUAAAUAAACUGUUUGCUGGACUAAAGGCCGUUUUUUUCCUUCUAGGUUUUCUGUGCUUCCGCUUUUAUCAGAAGCAGAGGCUUGCCUGGGCUUUUUUUUUAUUUUUUUUGGAAGCUGAAGUUUUUUAAAGGGGAAAAAUGUGUCUCUGAGACUGUUGGCAAAACUCCCUGACCACAAUGGAUGAAUUCCACCCUUUCAUCGAGGCUCUGCUCCCUCAUGUGCGAGCCUUCUCCUACACCUGGUUCAACCUUCAGGCUCGCAAGCGCAAGUACUUCAAGAAGCAUGAGAAGCGCAUGUCCAAGGACGAGGAGCGAGCGGUCAAGGAUGAGCUCCUGGGAGAGAAGCCAGAGAUCAAACAGAAGUGGGCCUCCAGGCUCCUGGCCAAACUGCGCAAGGACAUCCGGCCGGAGUUCCGCGAGGACUUCGUGCUGACCAUCACGGGCAAGAAGCCCCCGUGCUGCAUCCUCUCCAACCCCGACCAGAAGGGCAAGAUCCGACGCAUCGACUGCCUGCGCCAGGCCGACAAGGUGUGGAGGCUGGACCUGGUCAUGGUCAUCCUGUUCAAGGGCAGCCCCCUGGAGAGCACGGACGGGGAACGGCUGGUCAAGUCCCCGCAGUGCUCCAACCACGGGCUGUGCGUCCAGCCACACCACAUCGGAGUGUCGGUCAAGGAGCUGGACCUGUACUUGGCCUACUUCAUCCACUCUCCAGAAUCCGGACAAUCAGAGAGUACAAACCAGCAAGGAGACGCAGACAUCAAGCCCCCCCCUAAUGGGCACUUGAAUUUCCAGGACUGCUUUGUGACGUCCGGAGUGUGGAACGUGACAGAGCUGGUCAGAGUGUCUCAGACCCCUGUUGCCACAGCAUCAGGUCCUAAUUUCUCCCUGGCCGACCUGGACAGUCCGGGCUACUACAACAUAAACCAGGUCGCACUGGGGCGACGCUCAAUAACGUCCCCGCCAUCCACCAGAUCAGUUGAAGUGGAGCUUUAUUCCAGCCUGCCUCGGAGCUCCACUAAGCGCAAGUCCAUCGAUGACAGCGAGAUGGAAAGCCCAGUGGACGACGUCUUCUACUCGGGACGCUCCCCCGCUGCCAGCAGUAGCCAGUCCAGCGGCUGGCCCAACGAUGUGGACGCAGUGCAGCACCAUUUGGCGACUGUGCAGGAGAGGAAGAUUAAACAUGAAAAUGAUGGCGUGCAGUAUCCUUACCAUGGACUGUCAUCGCCUGGUUCUCUUAAGAAGCCGGGAAAGUUCGAUUUCAGCAGUGCCCUGUCCCCACAGACGAGGUCGGCGCGCAUGGCUUUCACCCACCAUCCGCUGCCUGUCCUAACGGGAGUGAGACCAGGUAGCCCCCGUGCCUCGGCCUCCACGCUGCACUUCCCCUCGUCCUCCAUCAUCCAGCAGCCCAGCCCCUACUUCACCCACCCCACCAUCCGCUACCACCCCCACCCCGGACAGGACCCACUCAAAGAGUUCGUCCAGUUCGUCUGCUCCGACGGCUCGGGACAGCCCUCCACACAGCCAAACGGGAGCGGCCAGGGCAAAAUGCCGGGCUCCUUUCUGCUUCCACCCCCUCCUCCCGUGGCCCGACCAGUGCCCCUCCCCAUGUCCGACACAAAACCCAGCAGCACACCCCCCGACGGUGGACUGGCCUCGCCCACAUCACUGUCAUACUCAGCGCCAGGCUCCACAGCUGCCAACAGGUUUGUCAGCAUCGGAUCAUCACGGGACAACAACUUUCUAAACAUCCCGCAGCAAACUCAGUCUUGGUUUCUCUGACAAGAUCUCAUACAAAAACCGAAAUUACUUCUAAUUUGACCCUGAAUCACGAGACUAGCCCUCCUCCCUGUUUCACCGUGGAAAUUCAAAGCAGCAGCCCAGAGAGAGGAGCCCAGGCAGUGGAGUCUACGAGAGGGAGAGGCGAGGGAAGAGGACGGGGCGUCAUCUCAAACGAAACGACGAGAAACGAAAACCACGAUUGCAAACUGAAAAAUAAAUACGUACCUGGGAAAUGGGAAAUGAUAAAUCAACAAAAACAAAAAAAAUACAAAAAAUAAUAACGCAGAGAAAUCCAGUCGGUCCCACUGUCUUGGGACUGUCGUUUCAUAGGAUCACAAAGCUGUCCUUCUAGUCGUUUUAACAGAACCGCAAAACCGUACUGCUGAUGGGGGGGGCUGGGGGGGCAGGAGAUCAGGGUUCGAGUGAUUUGCUGCACACUGAACACAAGUGUAGAAGCGACUAGAAAUGAGGCUUUCACCGUCCUGAUUUCCCCAAUCAGGUCUCUAAAUUUAUCAUUUUCCCCCUCUUUUUAAAUAUUUACUUUUAAUUAAAAAUCCGUACCCCGAAUAUGAUCAAUUCACCGCCCGUGCAGAAUGUGGGACACGCGUUCUUCAUUUUACCCCAAAACAUGACCCAUCACUGAAUUCUGUACCUGUCUUAUCUGAAGGCUGGUGACGCUAUAGUAUUUUGAGUUGAAUCUUUCGUGAAGUCUUGCCUGAAUUGAUGGGUGUUUUAAAGUUAACCAGUUUCUCAUAUUCUCCCCACUGUCUUCAGCCUUGUGUUUUUAUUUAGAAGGCCGUUCGGCACACGCUACAAGAAACACCCGUCUCAGUGUGCCGUCUCAGUCUGCAAUCCCUCAGACAGCCACUAGAUGGUGCCAGCUGACUGUUAGACUACCCUUUAAUGCCACUGUUUAAAUAACAGGGUUUUACUCAGAAACGAACAGGGUCUCCCUUGUUGGCCCCAGUUCUGGUUGCAUUGGGCCAGGAUGCAGUCCGUGUGGCUCAGUUACUCAACCCAAACGCCCAGGCCUGCCCACCAGCAGUACACAUAAACAAACUGGACAACGGCCGUCAAACAGCAGCCAGGGCUGGAGGAAGAAAUGACCAGAUACAACCAGCUAGCUUCGAGAAAGCUACCGUUGUAUACCACUAGGGGAAGAGACCUAGCUUUCCAAGGUAAGAGCAACUGGGGUCUGAAAUAUCACAGUGUUCUUAAUUAGUGGAUCCUUCAUGUUUAGAUUCACUUGGUAUCGUUUUCCUGUUUCAGCCGCCAUCACACCCAGGUGACUAUUCAGCAGUUCUCCCGAGCUCUAAAACAUGUCUUCUCUCCACUGCUGGUACACCGGAGUGCAACCGUUAACAUGUCCCCCACUGCAACAUUCUGCCCUUUGUAGAUGUAAGAAAUACAUUUCCAUACCACUAGGGGAGGGGCAGAGUGUUGCAGGGGGGAUGUUUUUAAACGGUUGCGCUCUGGUGUACAAGCAGAGGGAAGACGUUUUAGAGCUCAGAAAAAUAAUACUAGGGGGGCAGAGUGUUGCAAGGGGGAUGGGUUAAUAGUUACACUCUGGUGUACCAGCUGUACAUGUUUGAGAGCUCUAAUGAGACAGGGUUGCUUUCAACUUUUAAAAAAGUCACCAGCGUGUGAUGACUGGAAAGUGAUCACAAAACAAUCCAAACAGAAAAGGAGGAAUACAUUAUUUAAGAUUGGUAUUUCAUUACAGUAUCAAGUUGCUUUCUAAGCCUAGAAGUAGCUUCUGUAGACAGGCGUGGAUCUGUGUCUGCGUUUUCUUCCUCUGGUAAAGAAAUAACAAUUUCAAAUAACUUCAACAAAACAGUCACAUCUGAGCUAAGCAGGCUCUGCAUAGAAGCACAUAGGAAACCACCUCAUGAUAACAACGAGAAUAAUGUUAGCAGGUUGCUCCUUUUCUUUGGCUUGGUGCUUUCAACGCUUUUCGUUAGUGGUUUAGUCGUUUUGCUUUCUUUUUUGCUCACCGGAGUUUCAGCUUUCACAGAUGCAAAACACACGCUCUCUCGCGCACGCACAGACAGAAACGCACACACACGCUCUCGCGCUCGCACACACACGCAGACCGAAGCUCACAAGCACACACACACAGUGCAAGAAGCAGGACCGCAGAGUAGUCAAGACCGAGGUUAUGGGUUUGGGUGCGGCUUUGGGGGCGACCCCUGGUGGUGUUAAGGAGACAACGCGCUUAAUGUAGUACAAACAGACUACCCGUUAAGACAACCGUUCACCAUUAAUAUCCCCAAAUAUUGUAUUUUUGUUCCCAGCUACAAAAGGUGUUUUUUGUUUUGUUUUGUUGUUUUGUUUUAACACACUGUGAUUCGGAUUUGUUUGUGGUGUUUAGAUUUGAGUUGCUUUCGAAACAGUAAUUCAUUAAAAAACUUGUUAGCUGUGGUACCAAAAUCAAUUCAGCUCAGAAAACUAAUGACCACACCAGGAAAGGUUUAGACAAAAGGACAAGCAUGAUCCUCGUCAGUGGAUUGCAAGUCAAUAAAAACACUAACUAUGCAAGCGUUGCUGUUUAUAAGCGAACGGGUUUUGAUUGAACCAUAGGGUCUUACAAGUAUUACAGUCAGGGUGAAGCGCUGCAAUGAUUCAAAGGUAGAAACCUGAAACACGGAAAUGACAGAAAGAUCCGUCCAGACUUCUGAAAAACCCCUGCAGUAGAAAAAGUUUACAUCAGUGUUUACAUUGCCAGUCGACCCUGCAUCACAGCAUCGGAGUGACCUUUCUUAAAGGGCUUGCUACACGCACACACACACCCACGCUUCUUAAAUGCAUGACAGCAGAGACACAGAGAUCCCACUUUCUGGAACGUGUAGUGAAUUGGCAUCUGAAUGGAAAGGUAAAAAGCAAAGGGCUGGACGCGAACCGCAAACCACACGGGUUCAAAGACGCGCGCCUUCCCUUUGGACAGAGCGAGCUGUGUAGUGGGGUCAGCUGCUGAUGUCAGUGUUGUUAACGCCUCAGCCGCUAGGGGGCGAUGCAUUACAAACGGACAACACAACGCAACAGGGAGGCAGUCAGCAUUGCAAAGUGGGCAGCGAGAAAACAAAAAAAAAAUCGCUUGAUUACAAAUACCACUUUAAAAAAACAAAACAUGACAUGGUGAUUUUAAUCCUGCACGUAUUCUAAACCUGAAUAGUGUUGCAGUCCGUGGAGUGUGAUAUUGCUAAAAAGCCUGUAAGCACACACGCACCAGCAAGCAGGCACCGAGCCCCAUGCAGAAAACACAUCUGAACUAAACUAUAAUAUCAUUAAAACUGAAUGCGUUUGCGCUUUGGGUGCGAUUUGGCUGUUUCCGCGAUUCCUUCAUAUUGUUACUUUUUAUUUUUUGGUCAGCAAUCUCUCUCACACAGAACAACGAUACAGGAUAACAUUCAUUUAAACUAUAACAACAGCAACAGCAUAGCCAUCCACAUCAAACAUCUACGACAGAAAAUACCACCCCGUGUAUAUAUAGAAGGAAAAAUCUCGUAAAACAACUAGACUGUCCAAUGCCCCCCUCCUCUCUAUUAGUCCCUGGGAAGCCAGGUUGCCAACGGCAACUGUUUUGUUUCCAGGGAAACGCCCGUGUAAACAGGAAGUGCCUAUUUGUCCACUAUGCAGUUGAGUAAACAUGGAGAGGAGAGACUUUCUUUCAACAUAUAUAAGCUAUAGAUAGUGCUGCGAAUGUGUUUUUAAAACAACGAAAGGUCUUGAGUUGGAUUUGAUGAAUUUCUGAAUAAGCUCGCAGUCUGGUUGUUUUGGGAAUGUUUCAAUGAGAUUAAUGACGCACUAUAUAUAUAUAUAUAUAUAUAUAUAUAUAUAUAUAUAUAUAUAUAUAUAUAUAUAUACACACACACUUAACGCAAUAUUUUAUUGUAUAAAUGUCAUGGUAUGUGUAGCAGAAUAUCCUACAAUACCAGUACAUUCUCUUAGUGGUGGAACUUCAGCAACGCGUGCUCCAAAAUUUGAAUUAAAAACAAAACAAUUUUGAAAAAAAAUAAGUGGCAGCCUACUUUUUUUGUUUUGUUGUUGAGUGGGAAGUAUUAUUAAAAGAGUUUAUGUCGAUUGAGCCAAGUGCAAUGCAUUGGAUAGUUAAUUAUCUGUGUACGUUAGGGAUUGUUAAGAAAGAAGAGAAAAAAAAAUGAAUCUAUUUUUGUUUUUAAAAGUCCAGUUGCCCCGGGACUCUAAAUUAGAGGGGGAUAAAAAAAACAGAGAUCCCUGUCUUUGUAAGUUUGGGGAGUUUGUCUUUCAUUUUUUUAAUGUUUAUUUUUUAAUGUAAUCAUUUGUUUUUACAUAGGAGGGCUGAAGGAACAAUUUUACGAAAAGAAAAAAAAAAAUGAUACUAAAUAAUUGGUGCUUUUUAAGAUAUAAAGUACAUUCAACUCUAUUAUACAUAAAUAAUAAACACAAUAAUUAUUAUCAUAAAGCAAUUUUAGGGGAAAAAUGCAUUAUUCUAAAUCUUCUCCUUCUUCUUCUUCUCUUUUUUUGUAUUGAAGGGGGUGUUUCAUUUUAUUCCAAGCUGUAGCAAAAUGUCACUUUCCCAACUUUAUCACGCCUGGAGGAAACAGAAUCUAUUAAUCUCAGAAACACUGAUAAUGUGACCGCACGUUUCAUCAUGAUUGGAUAAGCGGUUUCCAGAUGUAUGCAAAACUGUGAGUGUGACUGACAGACAGACAGACACCCCGCAUCUAAUACCCUCAAAAACGUAAUAAUAUUGACUCCAAACGAUUUCCAUAGCCUCGCUCGUUCUGGCUCAUGUUUAAUAAAGCUAGUGUAUUACUUUGGGAUUUGAAAGGUGUUCCAGGAAUGGCAAUGGCAUCUGUGUUGUUCAUUUGUAGUAGAGUUUAGUCUUUUUAUAUUGUAAUACACGAUCAUAUUGCCUUUCCUCAAACUCAUUUUUUAACUCAAAGUGAUCUCGCCUUUAGCAGAGAUGCUGAAAGUAGUAGAAACCUGUUUCAGCUUGAUUGGUGCGGCUCAAUAUCAAGGCAUCAAAAUCGAUUCAUGUUAAAACCCCGACCAACACAUUUUUAAUAAGCUACAGUUUACAGUAAUUUUAUAAAGACAAGAUCUUCCAAUUAGGAGGAUGCAACAGACAGCGUAAAAUCUCAAACGAAUCCUAGUAAGAAUCCACAAAUUCAAUCGCAGCGUUUUUUUUUUCACAAUCUUGUGAGGAGAGAUUUUGGCCACUGUUGAUUCAGCUGUGUGAAGCCGGAGAGCAGUCUAGUCGCGGUAGCAGAAUCCGGCAGGUGACUGAUUUCUCGUGUUGAAGUUGGACAGUGCCUUUUGCAUACAGUCAUGAUCACGUAUAUACACAACGCACCCCUUUUGAAGAAAAAAAAAAACUAGCCUUGGAACGGUAUAUACUGUAUAGUACUAUAAAAUUGGUGUGAUUUUAUUUCUUCUCUUUGUUAAAAGAAAAACACAAAAAAAACACAAAAAAAUGUCUUGUCUUUCUUUUUUCCUCUCCUCCUCCGCACACUGGAGUUGUGUAGUCAAGCCUUCUCGGUUCCUCUUUUUGCCGCUUUCUCUUCUCAAUGUCUGAGCGGAAUGCAAGCUAUCACAUAUUGUUAUAUGGUCUGUACGCUUCAUAAUGUAUAUCAUACUGAUUUCUUCAGCUUUUCCAUUGAACAGCUAAUGUAAGUGAACAAGUUACACCCGUGGGCCCAGGGAGGGAGGGAGGGAGGGGGUGUAUAGAGACCUGUGCUUACAGAACCGGGGUCCAGUCUGAGGAGGGCCAAACUGAGUUUAUAUUAUUUUAAGGCGGUGAGCACCUUAAGAGCACCUUUUGAUUUUUUUUUUUUUUUUUUUUUUAGUAGUUGGGUUUUUACAGCUGCACUUUAUUUUAUAAUUUUUUUUUUAUUUUUUUAAAAGAGCCUUAAAAUCUUCACUUUGACAGGUUCAUUUCUGACACAAUAAGGUUUGCCCCUUCAGUUCCCUAAAGCCCCCGAAUCCUUAGCUAGAAGUAUGGCACGAUGGUUUAAAAUCUAUUUAUUUUAUAGCUAGUCUUCAGGAAGCGCGCACACACAUUCAUGUAAGCCCCUGCAGAUUUUCAAUGAAGCCGUCCUUUCGUAUUAAGAAACUCGCUGGAAUUAUAGAAAGGGUGCCAAUUUAGAAAUACAAAAACAAAUCUUAAUAAAUUGACUUUUAGUCCAAACGUUUGUCAUUGAAUUUAGUAUUUCUAGAUGUUGCACUGAUUCAUAGUCAUGAGUGAAGAGAUUGUGGCCAGCUUUGGAACUGUGAAUCCAUUGUGUCCCCUAUACUUCUCUAGAGAAUGCUUAGAUCAUAGCACGGUGCUUCCCUAUCUCUUAAAAACAAACAUGCCCCCUAAAUAUCUCCCGUGGAGCAUACGGCUGGAAAACAGGAUCCCGAUGAGUUCCCGUUCAAUGAAAUUCCAGUUUGAGCAUUUCAUAUUGCACUUGCUCCAUAACUAACCCUAGCCGAGCCUGUCAAUGGGAAAUCAUUUAUUUGGUUAAUUGUGUUUGGAUUUGUGAAUUGGUGGAGUGGCCCUCGUAUCCGGCCCGGAUUUUGCAAUCCGAUCCCUCCCUCCCUCCUCGCUGGGGGUGCCCUGUCUUUCUGGAAGCACAGCCCCUGGGUUCGUGGUGAAAUGCAUGUGUUAAAUACAGUUUCUUUUCCAUAAUAAUAAAAACAGUUUUAUAGAGCAGUGCCUUUAACUGGUUGAAUAAAAGGAUGUUCUUGACUGUAAA